CACGUCGUUGCUAGUGCAUUGAACAACACAUACGCCAACUGCACAAAUAUGGGGAAGUCAGGAUGUUUACCGCCCGGCAGCUGCCGGUGGCUCGUUUAAGAAGUCGAUGAAUGCCAGGAUUGCGAAAUUCAAAAAUGACUUCAAGCGGAAGUUUUUUCGUGACAACAAGCAUCUGGGACAGCUGUGUGCCGACCAACUUCACAAUGAGACUGGAACCCGAGAUAUGGAAAUCACAAAACAGAUGUCCAAGCCUGCAGCGGACAGUAAUGUCCCUAAACAGAAGGUCGUCAAGAAAUCAACUAACGGUUAUCAACCCUCCUUGUAUGCUGAAGAAGCAAGUCCCGAGAUUCAACGGACUCAAGUUGUAAAGAAUUCAAACGACAAAAACAACCGGAACUCUUUGCCAAAUUGUCGCGAUUCAAGCCAGGUCACAAUCAAAGACGUUUUUCACGACCCCACUCCAACCCGUUCCAAGGAAGAAGAACUAGAUGAAUUCGUGACUACAGUCAUCCGCAACUCUGUGGCACAUCUGAUCAAGGAAGCCAGCGUUACGUACCUAAUGAAAGAGUCAGCGGAGAACUUGCUGAAGAGAAACGACAGCGAUGUGGAAACAACCGGCAAACACGUUAUCAAGGAUACCGACACCACCAACCAACACGUUGUCAUUGAAACCGACAUCACCAACCAACACGUUGUCAUUGAUACCGACACCACCAACGAAUGCGUGAUCAUUGCUACCGAAACCACCAACGAACGCGUUGUCAUUGAUACCGACACCACCAACAAAUGCGUAAUCAUUGUUACCGACACCACCAACGAACAUGUUGUCAUUGAUACCGACACCACCAAUGAAAAGGUUGUCAUUGAUACCGACACAACCAAGGAACAGGUUGUCAUUUAUACCGACACUACCAAUGAGCGCGUGGUCAUUGAUACCGACACCACCAACGAACACGUGGUCAUUGAUACCGACACCAACAACGAAUGCGUGAUCAUUGAUACCGACAACACCAACGAACAGGUUGUGAUUGAAACCGACACCACCAACGAACGCGUGGUCGUUGAUACCGACAACACCAACGAACGCGUUGUUAUUGAUACCGACACCGCCAACGAACACGUGGUAAUUGAUACCGACACCACCCACGAACGCGUUGUCAUUGACACAGACAACACCAACGAACGAGUUGUCAUUGUUACCGACAUCAUCAAAGAAUCCAACGCCAUUAACGUCAUCAAGGCGUCAUCCGAGAUCGUCCUGAAGGAACAGGGCGACAAUUUCGACAUCGGCUACGAACAGGUUGUCAAGGAAAUCGACAACGUUUCCGUAUCUUCAAGCGUGUUAAGCGCUUUUGCCGAGAGCGCAGUGAAGGCUAGUCUGUUUGAGAUGGAUGUCGUCGACAACGUUAACCACUCGGCGAUGGUCCCAACGUCCGCCGUCAAGGCUCGAAGAUCACCGAGGACAGUGAAGGAAUUCUUAGAGAUGAUUGGAGUACCUGAUGGCCGGGACAGCUCCAGCCUUCACCUUCCCGACGUCGACAUUUAAACAUUUAAAUUAAGCCCCAGUCUCAUAUAAGCACGGUUGGCUACGGCAGUUCCGGAUCAAGAUCCGGGACGAUCCGUGGACUGGUUGGUUUCUAAGCAUAAAAGGUUUUACCAAGAUAAUAACGUCGGUGACAACACGGCACCUAACCGGCCACACGUACAAACGCGGACAUACCCGGCAGCAUUACGCAAACAACACGGAACACUCAGAACUACACGGCAGAGACACUUACCAUCAGGUUGGUUUUCGGUGAAUCCAUUAUUUUACAAUCAGAUCUCGAAACAGUAUCCUCGAAACUUUUCAUUUUUAUGUGACUCUUAAUUGCAUAAUAUUUUCAGUUUGUUAUUAUCACACAGCAUAAAAUCGUGCACAUAUAGGUAUCAUCUCAUGUCUUAAAUUUUGGACACGGGCCCGGCUUCUAAGCUGAAGUAGGCCCGACGAUAUUCGCGUUGGUUAUUUGUUUCCGUUUUGAUUGCGUUUAAAGAUAUUCGAAAACACAUCUAUGAGCGUGUUUUCGUUUUGUCAUUGUCCAGGUUUGAUGUUGUGAUAAUUGUCCAACUCGUCAACAGCACUCGCAUUUUUAUUGCCAUAGCGAAGUGAAGAUUCAGGAUCAGGAAAACAGGCAUACCAUUCCAUUGAUGAUGGUUUUCUGCUCUUGAACACUUGAAAACCACGGGAUGAAUUAUCGCUGCCUACUUCAACCCAAAUGAAUCUAUAGCAGGUGUCGAACAAGGUCAAAUGGAUUAUGGAAGGUUAACCCUUUUAGUUGUAGUGCACGGAUCAAUCACGCUGAGGACAUUGUAUGUCGAUUUGCUUCCUGACCAAAACACACGCACAGUUGUGUAGCUGGUAAGGGUCGCCGAACUGCUUGGCGAUGUUCUCCCAAUCAUGUUUUCAGGACAGCGAAGUAGUUUAUCAACAAACUCUAUCAGUAUUACAUCGCAGACCUGAUGAUAAUCUUGGAGUUGGUGCAGUGUACGAAGCCAUAUGUUGUAGACGUAUUUCAUUGUUGUAAAUAUAUUGAGUUCAUAAAUAUAUUUAUUCUGAAUGAUAUUGAAGUAAAUUAUUUUUUAAAGGAAACAUUGCUCUUAUUGUUCAAUAGUUUGACAGAGUAGAUUUUAACUGUAAAUAGGAUUAGUAGCGUUCUUUUGUAGUAGUUGAUUAGUUUUCAGUAUGUAGAGACUGGGUAGAAAGGUGAACUGUUUUAACUAACAUUUUAAUACGUUAAUUGGCUUGUCAAGCAUGAGUUUAUUCACUCAACCACAUCCGUGUGCAUAAAUGACUAUUUCGAAUGUCAUUCUUUGCAUAUCAUUCAUGCUGUCAACCUGUAUGUUUAUGAUAUUAAAUCAUAAAUAUAAUAUAUUUAGGUAAAUAUGCAUUUUAUACAUCUUUUAUAUUCAUGUCUGUCGGUUGUAUUAUUGUAAUUAUUUUGUUUUAAUAGUUGUAUUUGUGUAUUAAUUAUGUUGGUAUCUUACCGUCGGAACACAUCAUUUUAUAUAUAAUUGAAAUGUAUACUUAUUAUAAGAAUGUCAUUCUUUGCAUAUCAUUCAUGCUGUCAACCUGUAUGUUUAUGAUAUUAAAUCAUAAAUAUAAUAUAUUUAGAAACCCAAACGUGUUGUUCGAAGAAAGAACCCUAAACGCCCAUACGGCAACACUGGCGCCCAUACGGCAACACUGGCGCCCAACAACGAGUCUUCGGCAACAACAGCGUUUGGAACAGAAAAACGGAAGUAGCGGACACGUUACUACGACGAAAAUCCCUGAACAGACAGGAGCCUCAGACCGGUAGCGAGGAGGGGGAGAGUCCAGGAAUUUAACACAGCGAUUCCUUGGAAACCGGUUUUUGAUUUUUCCCGGGGAGUAGGAGUCCACAUUUUUGCGCGGCAUCGAGCUCGAGCACCGAUGUGAGUACAACUACGUAUUUCUUGUGCACAAAACUUUGACGUCAAAACCGUUAAAACGUACGUACAGGAUUUCACGUUCUGCUACGCAAGGAAGGAUUCACGUUCAAUCAGGACGGAGAGUGAUGGACACUUAAAUCGUUGUGGACAUUGUGUAUCGUGUCAUUAUUGUGUUUUGCUUGUAUUUUGUAAGUGUUCCGACGGAGUUCGGUGAGUGUAAAUAUUUUUAUAAUUAUUGUGCAAUGUACAUAUAUCUAUUUAUUGUAGUUUCAUUGUCGUAAAUGAAUGAUUUGAAAUACCAAUCAGUUGACUUACAAAAACAACAACAACAUAUAUAGCUAAUUUAAGUUUAUGUGGUCAUGCAUUUUGCGAAUUGGUCGAGAUAAAUGAAACGACCUUUUGUCAGCUCAUUGGUAAAUUAGUGUCAUAUGAAGUUAUUUUAAGGAAAUUAUAGUUCCUUCACGAGCACAAAGUUUAUUGCAUGGCGAAGUUAAAUCUACUCACCACUUACAUGACGUUAAGUAGUAGAUAGGUUUGAGUAACUAGAUUUAUUUAGAAGCAGUAGAUUUUGCCCAAGGGUUAUAAUAAGUAUCGAGAGGUUUCAAUGCGUAAAUUUGUUAAUUUGUCAUACUUUACGUAUGGUUGAAUUGAAAACGCUUUGUGCGUAUUUUUAAAGAGAAAACUCUCUUUAUAAAUACCGAAAAAUAAUCACUGUUUCUUUAAAAAAAAUUUAACUGCAUUAUGUAGUUUAAUGCGUGUAUAUGCGACUGGCGUCUUACCGGUAAAUGCACGUGCUCGCGAUACCGUAGCGCAAGAAGAACGCUAUUUCGGCAGUGUGGUAAACACGCGAUAGUAAACCAGUUGCGGGUUCGAAUCGAAAUAAAAUCGAACUUAGUAAACACCUGGUACAAAAUAAAAGAGCUUUGAUUAGAUAUUUGUGAUAGUCAGGCUGUUGGCUUAAGAUAAGCCAAAAGGGAGGUAAUACAGGUGUGUUGAGAUAACUGUUUCGGUACGUUUGUUGGAAAAAAAGGAAAACGGCGAUGUGGGCAUUAAAACCGUCCACCGGAAUCAUCUGCUGCCGUGUUCCUUCUUACCGAUACAGGAAGUACAGCGUGUUUCGUCACCUGAAGUUUCCGACGAGUCCUCCACGGACGUGGAUGAACGCACAGGGAAGACGAGUUCCGACAGCAAUCAGUCGGAAGAUGAAACAGAUACACGACGCUCCAAACGGAAGAAAAUACCACGGCGCCGCAGCCAACGUCAGACCCGUCGGCCGGCGUGGUUUACAUCCGGGGAGUAUAAAUUGUGAUAGGUGUUGUUAUGUAUUUGCAAUAAUGAUUAAGUACAGUGACACCAUACAUUUAACAUGUGUGGAUUUGUAUUGGAAAGAUACACAGCUGUUAACAUUCACUUCUGAGUAUUUAAAUACAAAUUAGUGUAUUAUGUUUUUAUUUGUCAAAUUGUCAUUGUUUUCAAAUUGAAAAUAAACAGUUGCAAACGAAAACGUUAAUAUUGUGGUUGUCAUUAUUUUUUAACAACGAUGCUUUCAUAGAUAUUUUGAUCACGAGAUUAAUCAAACCUCGCUUUACAAGCGAUGUUUGAAUUUUAAUAAUGUCGAGGACGACAUUUUCUUAGAGAGGGGAAAUGUGUUGUAGACGUAUUUCAUUGUUGUAAAUAUAUUGAGUUCAUAAAUAUAUUUAUUCUGAAUGAUAUUGAAGUAAAUUAUUUUUUAAAGGAAACAUUGCUCUGAUUGUUCAAUAGUUUGACAGAGUAGAUUUUAACUGUAAAUAGGAUUAGUAGCGUUCUUUUGUAGUAGUUGAUUAGUUUUCAGUAUGUAGAGACUGGGUAGAAAGGUGAACUGUUUUAACUAACAUUUUAAUACGUUAAUUGGCUUGUCAAGCAUGAGUUUAUUCACUCAACCACAUCCGUGUGCAUGAAUGACUAUUUCGAAUGUCAUUCUUUGCAUAUCAUUCAUGCUGUCAACCUGUAUGUUUAUGAUAUUAAAUCAUAAAUAUAAUAUAUUUAGGUAAAUAUGCAUUUUAUACAUCUUUUAUAUUCAUGUCUGUCGGUUGUAUUAUUGUAAUUAUUUUGUUUUAAUAGUUGUAUUUGUGUAUUAAUUAUGUUGGUAUCUUACCGUCGGAACACAUCAUUUUAUAUAUAAUUGAAAUGUAUACUUAUUAUAAGAAUGUCAUUCUUUGCAUAUCAUUCAUGCUGUCAACCUGUAUGUUUAUGAUAUUAAAUCAUAAAUAUAAUAUAUUUAGAAACCCAAACGUGUUGUUCGAAGAAAGAACCCUAAACGCCCAUACGGCAACACAUACAUCAGAUAGUGGUUAUUGUCCCCUAAUACUAGGUACCGCAAUGUUAUUGCCAACUUAAUUCCAACUGACAGAUGCUUCUCUUGGUUGGCUGCUUUGGCUUGGAUCGGUCUCAAUUUCGUGUCAGAAUCUCUUGGUAUGUCUGAUAGCCCACGGAGGAAACCAAAGAAGCCAUUGACGUCUUUUGUAUUCGGUUCCUUCAUCAGCUGAGAGUAUUGAUUUAGGACUGUUGUUUUGGUAGGCCAUUUUCUGACCUGGAUGGUCAGAACAUUGCUUGCCAGAAGUCCAGACCUUAGUCAAUACGCUCCGUUGAUGGACGAACAUAAGGAAGACGCCAAUGGCUUCUUUAAUUUCCUGUGCAUGGGCAAUCAGACAUACCAAAACAUACUGAUACGCAUUGGAGACAGAAUCAAGCUGAAGAAGUCCAAGCUACGAGAAGCAUCUUUCAGUUGGAAUUAAGUUGGCAAUAACAUUGCGGUACCUAGCAUUUGGAGACACCACUCUCUGAUGUAUGGCUUCGCACACAACACCAACUCCAAGAUCAUCAUCCGGUCUGCGAUGCGAUACUUAAAGAGUUUAUUGAUGAACUAAUUCGCUGUCCCGAAAACAUGAAUGAGAGAACAUCGCAAAGCAGUUCGGCGACCCUUAGCAGCUGCACAACUGUGCUUGUGCUCUGAUCGGUUAGCACAUCUGCAAACAGUGUCCUUAGCGUGAUUGACCCUUGCACUACAACUACAAUGGUUACCAUUCUAUAAUUCAUAUGACCCUUGUCAAUACCUGCUACAUAUUCAUUUGGGUUGAAGUAGGCAGCAAUAGAUCAGCCUGUCAUGCUCAAGUGUUCAACAACAGUGAACUGAAGGCAACCAUCGACAUAGGCGUGUUGUUUCUACAUGAUCCUCAAUCUUUACCUAACGACGACGCAUCAAUGCCGUUCUACUUUUCAGCAGAUGAAACUCUGUGUCCUGGCAGGACGACAUGAUGUGAACAUUGUGAUUGAACAAAAUAGUCUAUGAACAUGUCAUUUUAUUGUAAUUGUGGUGAACAAUAAUGUGCGGACUAAUAUUUUACGAAAUUUAAGGAGGAAACAUCAUUUGAUAAUAGUAUUUGACUAUUAUGCUCUGUGUGAUAAUAAUAAAAAUGAAAAUGUUAUGUCAUAUGUCAUAAGUGUCAUAUCGAUUUAAAACAUUUCAAUGUAAAAAGCAGCAUUCAAUAUUAAGCGUUAGAGAUCUGAUUGCAGACUGAUGGAAUCAUCGGAAAUCAACUUUAUUUUACACAAGUUAUUAUUCCGCCGGGGCAGACGUGAUUGUUCCGUAUCGCUGCCAUUUUUGUCCGCGUCAUUGUCGUAAAAGUCCGGGAUGGUCCGUGAAGAUUCUGUGUUUACCCGUGGCACUACGUGUCUAUGCAGUGUUGGUCCUAAAUAGAACGUACCUCUGCCGGGACAGUCAGUGUUGCCGCUGUGUUUGUUGGGUGAAGCUUCCUUCACCCAGUACGGUCUGGUCAUUGUGGAUCCGGUGUUGUCACCGGGUUGAACGUCUUUGGAAGACCGUAGACGCUUAAAAAGCUAAAAAAAAGUCAACGGAUUUUAUCGGAUCAAUAACCGGGCGAUCAGGGACGAUCUGGGACUGCCAUAGUCAUCUGUGUGUAUUUGGGACAAGGCUUAUAUGGGCUUUACAAAUUUAUAAAAAAAAAAAUUUUAAUUAAACUUUUUGAAUCUUAAUUAAUAAAUAAAUAAAUGUU